AUGUCCGUCAAAUCCUUCAAGUUACCACCGGAAGCCAUUGCUAGUCCAGUGGGUGGAGAGAACAUUGAUCUGAGAGGCCUCUGGGAAUAUUCACAACUUGGUAUGUUGCAGCUAUCCCUUCCGUCUACACUGUCGUUGUAUCUUGAACGCCCCCUGCCAUUCCGAGUCUGCAUCAACAAUCGGCACACGGCUGCUAAGAUUUUUGCCGAGGAUGGUCCGGAGAUUAGCUGCGACGCUCUCUCAUCGCUAAUUGAUGUUCUGGUGAUGAGUUUCGAGGUUGGACUGGAUGAAGAGGACACGAAGCAAUCCUGCCAGAAGCUCGACGAUCUGUUGUUUGCUUUUACCGGUCAGAUUUCCAGAGCGAAUGGAGUUCAAUUAAAGGUGGAGCGGAAAGACCCCACUGACGAUGGAAGUACUGGGAAAAGUUUGCGGUCGGACCUCACUGUGUUUUGUGAUGGAUGUCUUGUGCUUUGUGGGGAAGAAAGAGAAGGCGUUGCGGAUAUGAACGACACUAUUGCCGAGCCGCAGUCGAAGAUGACAUGCUGGGAUCCGCAAUUUUUUGGUGAGCUUCCGUACAUUUUGGGCUACGUUGCCUGUGGGAACCGUCGGAAGCUGUUUGCAUUCCGAUUCAACCACUUUUAUUCCAUCUGUGAAGUCUCCACGACAAUGGCAAUCAAGCUUUUUUACAACUUGGUUUUCCUCCUGAGCUACAUGGCAGUUAAGUCCAAGUGGACCCGUCCUUCUCGGCUCUCCGUUCAAACCCUACCAAAGUGA